AUGACGAUUGCUUCCUAAUAUGAAGUAACUUAAGUAAUGAAUUUAUAGUUAGCUUCAAAGAUUAGCUAAGAAGAAAUCUAUAAUAUGAAUUAUCAGAGUAUACAUUUAGAGGAUAAUAAUUACUUUUCUGAUUGUGAAAUAAUAAUGAAAUAAUAGUGAAUAAGAAAUAUUUACUUCCAGAUUUACAAAAGAUGUUCUUGAAUAAUAAUCGAAGUUAUAAGUAUUAUAUUUGAGGAUAACUCUCAAAUACGAGAAAUAAGAUUAAUGAAUAUUUUAAUAAAAUAGGAGGCUUAUUAUGAGUUCUUUGAAAAUUUCAGAAAAAAAUAGGAUUUAAAAGACAUUUUUACAGAAGAUUUCUUUGAACAAUUACAAAGAAUAGGAAAGAAGAAUUCAAAGGAUUCAAAGUAUUUUAUCAAGCUUUGGAGAAAUAAUAAUAUUAGAGAAAGCUGA